GUGGUGUGAAGGAACACUGGAGACGCGGGAAGGUGGACCAGUUGACCUGUUGAUCUCCUAUUUUAAACAAUUAUUGAAGAUGAACAGCGGUGUUGAUCACUUGCUUGCAGCAAAGCUUGCAGAAAUGAAACGUGAAUUGCGUCGGAAGGAGCGGAAGCUUCAGAAAUACAAUCAAGUACUCGGAGCAAAGAAACACGUGCGUGAAACACUUAAGCGACAUAAUGCAGCAAGUGACUCUCAGAAUGAUUCCUUCAGUGAUGCAGAAAAAAAUAUUGUGACAGAAGCAGAAAGUAAGAUCAGUGGUCAAGAACAGCCCACAUUUGCAAUGAUUCCCCCAAAGUUAUUUUUGUUCCUUCAACCCCACACCUGUAAAAGAAAAAACAAAAAUCCCAUGUAUUAUAGAUCGCUCUCAACUCGGAAAACUAAUUCUCAAGACAGAAAGAAAUCCAAAAAGGAGUCCUGCACUAAGGAAGAUCAUUUGGAAGUGCUUUUCAAAGAAGCUGACCUGGAAAAUUUAUCAAUCAGCUUUAGUAAUGAAAGAAAAAUGGCAAAAACUGUAUUAGACAGUGAUGUGAUGAAUGGGGGAGUUUCAUCUAAAAUGUACAGCACCAGUGACGAUAAUUGUGAUAGCAGCCCUGUCACUGAAGUGAAGACUAAAAUGGGCAGCAAGGACAGUCUUUCUUUUCCAAAAAAUGAGUCCUUGGUUUCUGGAAGCAGUGGAACAGCCAACAAUGAAUUAUCUAACAAUAAAGUAACUGAAAAGAUAUGUAGCACUGAAAUUAGUGGUUCCAUAGAAUUUCCUCAUAUUGGUGACAAAAUUUCUCUCUCUAAUUCUUGUGUUGAACCUCAGGUAUCAAGCUCUGAGAACUGUGGACCCACUCGGGACUCUCAAGCCUUUCAACAAUACAGCACACUCAAUGGUAGUAUUAAUAACUGGAUUGAAAAUGAAAGCUAUAACCUUCAAUCUGGUAAAAAAAGCAGCAUUUUAAGCACUUUACAUGUUAAUAUUAAUGAAGUAGAUGCUCAAGAACCAAAUACAAAUUCUGUAAUUAGUAUAAAAGAUAAUCACUUGCAGCCAGAAGAGAGAAUAUUAAAUUUCAAAGAUUCUAAUUCACAGAAUGAAACAGAAUCUCAGGAUCUUUUUGAAACACAGCAAAAGACUCUGACCAGAAACAUAGAGAUAAAAAGAAGCUGUGUUUCUCUUAGCAAACGAUGGAGAAAGACCAGAGCUUCUCAGAGCAGCUCAGAAAACUCAGGAAGUGCAGCUAGUGACAGAGGUGAACCAAAAGACAAAAUUUUGGUUCAAAAUGUUGAACAGAACAUCUUAAAGGAGUCACUCACAGAAUUAGAGACACCAGCUGACCAUAAUACAAGGCAACACCAAACUGAAGAACUUAUGAUAAAAGAGAUUGAACAAGAAAUGAUGAAGGAAUUUAUAGGUGACAUUUCUGAGCAAGAGGAAGAAUACUAUAAAAUUACUAAAGAGUAUGUAAGAGAGGAAGAUAGCAGAGAAAGAAGAAAAACUGACAGGAAUAGUGAGUCAUAUAGUACAGAACAUUUCAAUACAAUAAGACAAGAACAUGCUGAUGAGUUAAAAUUGGGAGAACAUAUAACUAAAGUAAACCAUGAACAUAUAGAUAAAGUAAGACAUGAAGAAUAUAUAGAUAAAAUAAAACAUGUAAGACAUAUUAGUAAAGUAAGACAAGAAUCCAAAGAUAAAGUAAUACAUGAGGAAAAUAUAAAUAAAGUAAAACACACACAGGUGCAGAAGAAAUUAAUGAGGUCUAUAAACGAGUCUGAAAAUUCCAAUGAACCUCAUACUCGACCAUCACAGAAAUUGCAGUCUAAUUGUAUUGUCAGUUUAAAUAAGAAUUCUUGCCCAAAAGAUGCACAUGAUGAUCUUGUUAACAGUAACAUUGUUAUCUCUACACAUAACACUUAUCAUAAGACUGGUGAGAAACAAAUAAAGUCUGGAUCUUCCAAAAUAAGUGAUGUAAUAAAUGAAAGACUUUCAAGUUAUAUUAAGGACAGUCCUCAGGAACUCUUUGAUCCAGAAAAUUUACAAAAAGAUAAGACAUUUUCACACAGUCAUGAAGAUGAAAAAGAAAAUGCAACACUGAAUUCAGAUUUUCAAAAUACAUUGAAAUAUGAGAAAGUAGGAGAGAGCCCUUGCAAAAAAGAAACAGAUUUGCAGUAUAAAAGUACAAAUAAGGACAAAACUUGCAUUAAUUUUGAUACCAAAAAUAAACCAAUUAAGUGUUCUGAAGCAAAAGAUGUGAGGAUUCAUGCUCUGCCACUCAUUGUAGAACAGGGAAGAAUUCUAACCACUUCUCUGGUAACUGCACCUGAUAAAGAUGGAGACAAAAAAAUUAUUCUCACUGUACAAGAACAUGGGUUGACUCUCUGGAAUGUGGAUAUAAAAGGAAAGUACAGAGCCAGAGAAGAUUGCCUCCAAGCUGACUUGCAUUCUAGUGUUGACGAAGAUCUAAAUACAAGCUCGGUGGAUCUGCAAGAAGAAGUUUGGACAGCAUUUAGUGAAGUCUCACACCAAGUCGGGAGAGCUGCAGAUAUAAGGGACAUUGUAGCAGUGGGACUGCCAUCAGAUGAAGAGACCAGAUACGUGGUAGCCAUAAGUAAGACUACUCAGGCAGAUGUGCGCAUUCUCUGUGUACAUGUUGGUCCGGACAACAAGUGGUUGGUCGUAGAAACUGGACUUGGCCCUUCACUUUGCAAUGCAUACAAAAAUUUGACUGCCUGUGCACUAGGUGAAUGGAGCGUUGCUAUGUAUUGGACCUCUGGAGAUGCCCCCACCUAUGGGUGCUUCUUAGUUCUAGACUUAGAUGUGACUUACUCCAGGCGUAACAAACAGUGGGCAUUGAAGUGCCAUUCUUCACCUCGCUCACUCAUUUUGGAUGAACCUCUUGACUGUCUUAUAGCUCUUAACCAAACAGAUCCGAAGGAUGUUGUAUUGUACACAGCAGGAAACAACCUUUAUAUAUAUGAUGCUGUAGAGGAUAUCAUCAUUCAGAAGAUUCAUUGGCAAGCUACACCACCAUCUUGGGCCAUAGCAGUUGAAGAGUUGGUGUUUCUCAUAAGUAUGGACAUCAGUGUUGGGAAAAUAUACUUAACAGCUGUAAACCCCAUAAAUGGCUUACAAGAAACCUUCAUCGAGACAUUCCUAGACAGCCUGAGGCAAGUGCAUAUACAAAGAUUUAUGUUCUCUUAUUCUCUAUCACAUCUUAACUCCAAUGAUAUUUUCAUAGUUUUUUGUCAGCCUUGCUUCGUCCCUGGUGAUGUGCAGCAGAAAACGAGCAUUAUUUAAAUUGUUUGAAUUGAU